UUUGAUCAAUUAUUUAAAAAAAAAACAAAAGAAUUAACUCCAGGAACGCACCACUGCACCAGUGCUUCACCCUAACUUCUAUUCGCGAGAAUCCCAAAAUGAAGGAAAUGAAAUUUGAUUUCUCUAUAUUCAGCUUCCUCUCUCCCUAAAUCUGCAAUUUAGAAGCUCUAAUUUAUCUUUCUCAAUCCCUCUCCAUCUUCAAUCUCGCUGGUCAUAAACCCUAAUACUCUGCAUUUUGGUUCGCCUAAAAUUUGGUAGAGUUUGCCUGAAAUUUUGUUGAGGUAGCCUGAAAUUCGAUUGAGGUCGCCUGAAAUUCGGUCCAAUAGCACCUAUCUGAAGUUCCCCUGAAGUUCGUCUGUAGAGAAAACGAAGAAAAAGAAGGAAUAGGGCGUCGGAAACUAUUUUUGAGUGCUCUCCUUCUCGUCCUUGCGUUCCCUGUCAGUACUCUGAGAAGGAAAAAGAACAAUGAAUCCGGAGACUCAAUCAUCGUUAUCGCAAUUAGAAUCUAACAAUAGUAAUCACCUCGUAGAGUCUACCAUUCAACAACCAAAGAAAAAAAGACAAGGUCCCUUUCGAGGUCCAAGCAGAGCACUUAAAUAUAAAAAGUUGAGAAGUGUGCAACCAGGAAAGGUCAAAGUUCGUAUUCCAGCAGCUUUGGGAUCUAUUGUGGGCGAUCGUGCAAAUCAAUUUGUGGCCGAAUGUACUGAUUGGGUGAAAGAAAUAUGCCCUCUUAGUGUUACAAGUUGGAAUGACAUGCCUGAAGAAGCAACAGAUCGAUUGUAUAGUAGGAUUAAGGCUAAGUAUGACUUCAGUGAAGCUGACGGUGCACACAUUGAGAAAGCACUAAGGAUUCAAUGUUCUGCCCUUUACAGACAUCGGAGAGAAAGGCUGAAGGCGGCCUAUUUUUCAAAGAGCAGAAAUUUGAAAGAGGUGGAGCGUGCCUGCCCAGCAACAAUUGAUCUUGCUCAAUGGAGGUGGCUUAUAUAUAGCUAUUGGAACCUUCCUAAACAGAGGGAAAGAAGUGAAAAGAAUAGGGCGAAUGCUCUUUCAAAGAAGAUCCGGUCAGCUUGUGGUGCCAAAUCAAUAGCUAGGACAAUUUAUGAAUUGGAACUUGAGGCAGAGGCAGGUAGUAAUGAGCGUGAAGAGGAGAACGAGGCCACAAAUGCAUCUAGUUCAAAUGCAACUACAUUAACAACACAAGCUAAUGGCGACCCUAUGUAUUUGAAGCUAUGGGAGAAGACAAAGAGGCACAAAAAUGGAAAGUUUGAUGACGAGGCUGAAAUUAAGUACAACGAGUUUAAACAGUUGCAUGAGAAAGAAGUUGGAGAGAAAGGUGCAGACAAUGUUUCCGUAGAUGUGGCCUAUGAAAAAGUUCUUGGAUAUCGUUCAGGUUAUGCACGGGGGUUGGGUAAAGGUCACCCGGUGUUGUCCAAGGACGGGAAGAAAGGAAGGGCUGAGUUGGAAGUAACUGUAGUGCAACUCCAGAAUGAGAACAACACGAUGCGAGCUGAAUUUGAGCAUCAUAAAGCUGAAACUUUGAGAAAGGAAAAUGAAGCUAAGAAGAAACAAGAAGAACUGGAACAGAAGCUUAAGUUAAUCAUGGAGAAAAUUGGCCUUGAAUCCUUGACAUAAAGAGGAUCUUGAUGCUGGCUGGUACUGAAUCAAGGAAUGUUUGUAGGCUACAUAUUACUCACAAUUCUGCUGGGGUGUUGUUAUCGUUUGCUCAAACUCAGUAAUCAAGCUGUUGUGCUCAACUUUAUGACACAAUCAGGACAGCAUGUAAAACUGAUCGCCUUGGAAGAUGCUUGAUCACAGUGCUUAUUUUAUUGUAUUGACAGAUUCAAAUUAUAUGAUAUAUGUUGUUCUCCAAUCACCUAUUCUCAUUACAUGAUAUAUGAUUUCAAAAUCUUCUGCA